AUGGCGGCAAUUGACUCGCCCUGGCUGUCAUCCCUGGGCGCCCUCAUGUCUGCUCGUGACGACGCCUCCGCCGGCAACGCCGCCUUUGACUCCCAAUCCUCGACCGGCCUUCCUCCGACGCUCGCCGCCUUCUCCCCCGUCACCCUCACCGCAAACACCCCCUCGCGCACCACCCGUCGAUCCACCAUCCUCGUCCACCAAAAGAGCCCCCUCCUGCUCGCCACUCCGCCCCAGGUCACCCGCGCCUUGGCCUACAGCCACCCCUUUGUCCUCGUCCUCAACAAGCUCGCCGGCCUGCUCACCUGGAGCUCUGGCGACCCCUGGCAGAGCUUCCUCCUCCUCUCCGCCUUCUGGGCCCUCGUCCUCUACGGCGAUGUCGUCGUCAGGAGGGCCGGCCCUGUCGUUCUCGGCCUUGUCCUCAUAGCCGGCAUGUACGGUCGCCGCUACAGCCCCCUGAGUAGCAGCGGCUGGAGCGAGCCCGCCAGGCAGGCCAAGGAGGUUGUCUCCGAUGCCCUCGCUUCCGGCACCCCCGCCGACAAAGACGUCAAGGCCAACGCCGCCGACAACAAGACCAAACACCAGAGGUCCCAUUCGCAGGUCACGGGCGCAAAGCACCAGAAGACGCUCGACGAAAUCGUCGACACUCUGAAGGAGUUCACCGGCCGAUGCAACGUUCUCAUGGAGCCCCUGCUCGAGAUGACCGACUUCCUCAGCACCCAGAGGACCCCGACGAGCGCCACCACAAAGCCCGCCCUCACCGCCAUGUUUGUCCGCCUCCUCAUCGUCACCCCCUUUUGGCUCGCCCUCACCAUGCCCCCCUGGAGGGUCGUCACCACCCGCCGCGUCGUCCUCGUCGCCGGCACCUUGGUCUUGACCUGGCACGCCAGGGUCAUGCGCGUCUCCCGCACCAUACUCUGGCGGAGCGCUACUGUCCGACGCCUCGCCGCCGCCAUCACCGGCCUGCGUUUUGAGCGUCCCGUCAAGGUGGGGCCCAAGAGCGCGGAGAAGCCCGAGCCCGAAGUUGCCCGUGCUGCCACCAAGCAGCCGGGCGUCCAGCCCAAGGACCAGCGUAAAGCCGGCGGGCCCAAGAGUGCGGGCGUCAAGUUCACCUUUAUCAUAUACGAAAACCAGCGGCGGUGGGUUGGCCUGGGGUGGACUGCCAGCUUGUUUGCCUACGAGCGUCCUGCCUGGACCGACGAGCACAACAACUCGGCGCCUCCCAAGGACGACUUUGAGCUCCCCGACGUCGAAGAUGGAAGCCAGAUGCGGUGGCAGUGGGCCGAGGGAAGUCGAUGGAGGGUCGAUGGCGUCCCCGACGAUAACGGGCCCGUCGACUACGACGGCGACGAGGGCAAGAAUGGCUGGGUAUACUACGACAACAAGUGGCAAAACGGCCGUAGGGGCCAGGAUGGCUGGGGCCGGUGGACACGCCGAAGAAAAUGGUUUCGCGACGCCGAGCUGGUGGAAGUCGACAUGUCCGAUGCUGACAUGACGCGGGCCAUGGGCAACGGGCCCUCGGGCGGCCUGCACACACAGCGCUACAGCACCAUGGGUGAGAAGAUGCGCGCCGAGCCGAUGCUCCCCGGGACCGACCAAACCGUCGCCGACGACGCCAGCGCCAAGACGGCCGACGACUCGGCAUCGAUGCACUCGACCUCGUCCAGGUCUUCUUUCUGGCCCUCGUCACUCCGAAAGCGUGCUACCGAGCGACCGCGAAACUCGACGGAAAAGGAGCGUCCCAGGCGGCUAAGCGAAGUACAGGGCGACCAUGUGAGUGAAGAGGACGCGACCGGGCUCGGCCUCGAGGUCGAAAUGGAGCUGCAGAAACAGGGAAAAGACGGAGGCCAGUGGGGAAUAGGCGACGAGGCCCGGAUGAAUCUCGAAUGA